CUGGAUGGAGAGAAAAAAAGUCAUCAAUCGUCCACUUAUUGCACCAACAACGAAAUUAAACCGGACCGUUGAGUCUUGAGAGAUGCGUUACAAAUAAACGCUGGCUGGACACCACCCUUGCUACCAGUGGCCGCGCGCCAGAGCGCAGCUGCAUUGGCAGACAGCUGGUGGAUCCGCGCGCGUUGUUUGGUAUGCGGCUGGUUGCAGGCAGUGACGACGCGCGCACUCUCUCUCUCUCCGAGCUUCAGUCUGAAUGAGCACGAUCCUCCUCCUGCCACAGGAUUGCGUUCUUGAGGAAUUCAUCAUCAAUGAAAGUGAAGGAAGACUAAACUGUAGAGGAGAAACGCGAGAAUGCCGGCAGAUCAGAGGAGACAGACGAUUGCUUAAUUGAUCCGGUUUCCAUGAAUAAGAUUCUGAGUGGCCAUGAGUGAAAGGAGCUCAGAUUGAUACAGGAAAAGACAUCAGAUGAUGGGGACACCUGUCGGGCCAGUUCUGGGCAUGUUUGGCUCUACAACAUCCUCCCUAGACCUUGUUGGCUGGAUGGUUUGGCCUGGUAAUACCACCGUGAGCCUGAACCACAGCUUCUUCUUGACUGACUACAGCUUCAAUCUCUCCUCCUCUUCAUCCUCCUCUCCUCGUGGGGUCGAAAAGGAGUCGAUGAAGGAGAAGAACUGGCCAGCCCUGCUGAUUCUUGUGAUUAUCUUUCUGACGAUAGGAGGAAAUAUUUUGGUUAUUUUGGCUGUGUCGCUGGAGAAGAAGCUGCAAAAUGCAACAAACUUCUUCCUGCGUUCGCUCGCAGUGGCGGACAUGCUGGUCGGCAUCUUGGUCAUGCCCAUCUCACUCAUUAACAUCCUGUAUGAUUAUGCCUGGCCAUUGCCCAGCGCUCUCUGUCCUAUUUGGAUAUAUCUGGAUGUGCUUUUCUCCACUGCUUCCAUCAUGCACCUGUGUGCCAUUUCCCUUGACCGCUACGUGGCCAUAUGCAAUCCGAUCGAGCACAGUCGGUUCAACUCCCGCACCAAGGCCAUGCUGAAGAUUGCUGCAGUUUGGACCAUUUCAAUAGGAAUCUCAAUGCCUAUCCCAGUGAUCGGACUGCAUAACAGAGAAAAGGUCUUGAAAAACGGCAACUGUGCUCUGAAUGAGGAACACUUCAUACUGGUUGGCUCUUUUGUUGCCUUCUUCAUUCCUCUGGUCAUCAUGGUGGUUACGUAUUGUCUCACCGUCCAAGCGCUUCAGCGUCAGGCCACAGUCUUCCUCUACGAGGACAAAGGCUCUUCUCAACAGCCUUUGCAACCUUCAGCUCCACCUACUUCCCAUUUGGCCCCGCCGCCGGCAUCCCGUCGAAGCAGUCUGAACUGUCUACGGAUCAGCAACAGCGAUGGAAACAUGCUCGGUCUGACCGUGCCCCCAGACACCAUCUCAAUAAUCCCAGGUUCAGAAGCACCAUCUCAAAUGAAUUCGCCCGCUGGACGGGACCCAGCCGGAACCCAUGGGCGGAGAGGCAUGAUGCAGGCCAUCAAGAACGAGCGACGAGCAUCCAAAGUAUUGGGUGUAGUGUUCUUCCUAUUCCUCAUCAUGUGGUGUCCCUUUUUCAUCACUAAUGUUCUGUAUGUUCUCUGCCACAAAGCCUGUAAUAAGCCUUUGCUUACAGAACUGCUCAAUGUUUUUGUUUGGGUGGGCUACAUCUCAUCAGGAGUCAAUCCUUUAGUGUACACUUUGUUUAACAAGACCUACCGAAGGGCGUUUUCAAGUUACAUGCACUGCCAGUAUAGACGAGUGGGGCUAAAUCCCAUCACUAUACAGGCUCCUUGUCAAUCCCAUACAGUAGUCACUCCCAUCCUGAUCUGCGAAAAAGUUUGCAUUGACCGGAACAGUAACUGCCGCAAUGGGGACGGCAAUGGAAUCCGAAAUCUGGAGCCCCAUGACAUGGACACUGACCCCGGCCUGGAGCUGAAACCGGGAAUAUCAGAGCUAUCUAUCAGCAGCGGUCACAGCCACACAGAACACACCAGCAGUGUCUGAAAGCAAGCUUUUAGUGUGACCUGGAAAACAGGACCGAGCUACAAGUGAUGUUUAGGAGACAUCGGCUGUCUACGCAACCUCCGCUGUAUCACAGCAUAGAAUGUAUGCAUCGUUAGCUACAGAAACAAUAAUUUGACCACGGUCAGAAAUGGGAUUGGGAAUGUAAUGUGUGUGUGUGUGUGUGUGUUAACAGGUUCAGAUGUUUGAAUGCCAUUAAGUCCUGCAUGAGCACCCAGACUCUUUCUAAAGCAGCAUUGGACAUACGAGACUGCAGUUCAUGUGAAUAUACAACAGAUAGAGUCAUAGCUUCCUCUUGUGGUCAGUUGAAUAAUUACAAAUAGUGUGAAUUAAAAAAAAAAAAAUUGAGUUCCUGUGUCAUCCAAGCUAGUUGCAUUACAAUAUGGAUGGAGCGAUGCUGUCUAAAUACACUUUCAAUUCAGAUCAUUGUUUGUGUAACUUGUAAACAUCUCCAUUACGAUAUGAUGAAUACUUUGAGUUGCAGUAAACCAAUAACACAAUUGGGGGUUAUAUCUUAUUUCCUGGUCUAACAAUGCAGAGUAAAUGACUACUAAACACUAGUUUUCUUAAAAAUCACUUGUUACAGUGACCUUGAAUACUGGACCCAACAGCACAAUGGGGUAUAAGUCAUACUUAACAUAAAAAUUGGAUCACCAAUUUAAAUGCUAAGACCUAACAAAUGCGGUUUGAGUUUUAGUUUAGUCCAAAAAUCUUAAGGAAUUUUAUUUUUACUAUUAUUAUGUUUUUAGCAGGUAUUGAAGGAAUUAGCCUAUAGCUCUCUGGAACAAGCUCCCCUGUGAAUGUAAGGUUAGUUGUGCGGCCUCAUCAGGUGGUCAGAGUGAGAGAAGAAGCAAAAUUGCAAAACAGACGAGUACUAAAACCAUUUACUUUAUAUGGACGGACUGUCCAUGGCAACAAAUGAUGGACUGUAAGACCAAAAAUUUUCAUUUGAGGAUGUAUAAUGUAUAAAGCUGUAAAUUCUUGCUGUUUUUCUGUGUAGAACCUUAGAAUUUCUCCUGUAUCACCUUCCCUUGUUCAAACUCCCAUUUUUAUACCAUAGCCUAUGAAUGUUUUACCAAAUUCCUUUUUUUGGUAAAACAAACAAACAAAACGAAACCCUUAUCCUCACAAUGAUAUCAUUUUGUGAAGCUGCUAUUGAUUUAAUAAAAGAUCAUUGUCAUUCAUUCUGCAGUACA